AUGCCGCCGCAGAGUCAACGCUCACUCUCCUGGAGAGAGAAACGCAAAUCACGUGGUCCUACAUUUGACGUGAAAAAGAAAACCAAGGCAGACCGCGAAAGAUUUCGUCGAGGCCGAGCUGGUUCUUUCAAGCGUCUCAAUGACCUAUACCUGGAUGGCGUGGAUACUGGACGGGAGCGCCGUGUUUAUGUGGUUGUCUCUAGCAAAACCAAAGGCCCGCGUGGAUCCGUACGAUAUUCAACAUACAACUCCCAUCCCAAUGACGAUUGGGUCCCGCUCCAUGAUGAAGUACUCGAGCACUGGCCGAAAACAGAUCAAUGGACACCGGAGAGCUUUGGCAAUGAUAAAGAGCAAAGCGCCAACAAAAGCCAACACACUAAAUCCUCCAAACGAAACCGAAGUCCAGGCCGCCUGUUUACUGUUUCAAAGCCACCUUUAUUAAACCUUCCUCAAACUCCAACUCUUACUUGA